AUGAACUGCCUGACGGUGCCCGGUGUUCAUCCCGGCUCCCCCAGCCGGCCCCGCGGGCAGAUACAGGUGAUCUUCGGGCCCAUGUUCUCCGGGAAGAGCACGGAGCUCAUGCGGCGAGUGCGGCGGUUCCAGCUCGCCCAGUACCGGUGUCUGCUGGUGAAGUAUGCCAAGGACACGCGCUACAGCUCUUCCGGGGUCUCCACACACGACAAGAGCACCAUGGACGCCGUGCCCGCCGGGCUCCUCCAGGACGUGUACCAGGAAGCGCUGGGCGCCGCCGUCAUCGGCAUCGAUGAGGGCCAGUUCUUCCCAGACAUUGUGGAGUUCUGCGAGACAAUGGCCAACACUGGGAAAACCGUCAUUGUUGCUGCUCUGGAUGGGACCUUCCAGAGAAAGGCCUUUGGGAGCAUCCUGAACCUGGUGCCGCUGGCAGAGAGCGUGGUGAAGCUGAACGCCGUGUGCAUGGAGUGCUUCCGGGAGGCCUCCUACACCAAGAGGCUGGGAGCAGAGCGGGAGGUUGAAGUGAUUGGAGGAGCCGACAAGUACCACUCCGUGUGCCGAGCCUGCUACUUCCGCAUGCGACCCCAGCAGGCUGGGCCAGAGAACAAGGAGAACGUGCCCCUGGGCCUGAGGCAGCUGGAGACAGCUGUCCCUCGCAAGAUCUUCACUUGACUGCUGGGAAAAUGGAGGGGAAGGGAGCUCAGUGCUGUGGCUCACAGGCACCGGGUCUGCCUCUCUCUACUUCAGCAACUGUGCAGUGCCUCAGCCCUCCCUACCCAACCUCCCCGCACCAAGCGCCACGCCCGAGGAUCCACCAAGCCUGGUGCUGGUGGAAGCUGAAGUAAAAGCCUGGCUAGAGUGAGUUCCCAUCUCAGAACAAGGAGAGACAAGCACAGUUACAGAUGCUGCCACACACAGGCCCUGGGGCACUACACGUGGAGCCAGGCUACAGCACUUCUGCCGCUCACCGUGGCUCUGGCUAGCUGUCCCCGUGGUCUAACUGUGCUCAGGCGGGCCCUGCUGCUGCUUCUGGUGCCUCUGAAUGCAGCCUUUCUCUAAUGCGCUGUUGCUAAAUGCCAGGUUUCUCAAGACAAUGUACAGCCAGUGUAUACAAUGUAAUUAUAUUUUUAAAUGUAAAUUUUAGUUUCCUUUUGUAACAGUCUGAAGCAAUUUGUUGCUUGUCACAGAGCUGUGACACAGCUUUUAAACUGACACGGGUGGCAGCCCAGCCCUGGGCAGGCCCCCAGCCUCUCUGCCAGCAUGCUCGCUGGUGUUACUGCCUUGUCAAUUUUGUUGAAACAGAAGAAGGUGAAGGAGGCCUAGCAGCUGACUCUUCUGAGGUGUUGAACCUCAAAGGGCUGGCUGUGUUCUAGCAGGCUGUGACAGACUCCUUUGGAGGAGCUGGUCCCAGGAAGAGCCUCCUUCAAAUUCAGGGCAGUUUUUCUGAGGUUCAAGGCUGGUACUGCCACUUUGGUGCUAUGUUACCUGUGAGGGGUUUAAAGGCCCAGAGUUAGAUUGGACAAUUAUUCCAGGGAAGAUCCAGCUGCUUGGUAUAGGGGCUCUCUAAAGAGCUGCUUUUUCACUCUAGUCAUGUCUCUUGUUCCUUCCUCAGCCUUCCAAAAUUCUCGAGGCUAACUCUUAGUCUGCUCUAAGCUGACUGGAAGAUCCUCUUCCCUCUUUGUUUGACUCAGAUGCUGGAAGGUUGUUGCUUCUUUAUUCCCUGCAAAAGUGUUUUUUCCUGGAAGCCAGCAUCCCAGGCUCAGAGCAGUAGCUCUUUGUUCUGGCCAAGCCAGGCCUCUGCAUCUGAGUCCAGGGUUGCUGUUUGCCUGCAGCCUGGAGGGCUCCAAGAGCUGCCUGAACUCCCCCUGCUGCCACCAUGUUACAGGUGAGAAUAACUACUCAUGAGCACCAGGCCUGGGCUUUUCCCCAGGGCUAGGGAAGGCAUUGCUGCCACUUCGUUAAUAAAUAACUUAAUGAUAAA